AUGUGUGAAAAAAUGCAAAAAUCACCUGAACAAAAUGGAGAUAAUGUAGAACUGUUCAGGAAGAAAAAUAUAGACACAAAAUCUGUUACAAAUAAUACAACAAAAAAAUAUAUAAAAAAAAAAUCGAAUAAACACCAUUUGUAUAAUAAUAAAGAAAUACAUUUGAAUAAUGAAGAGAGUAAAAUAUUAUCUCUUCAAAAAAAAAAACAAAAAACAAAAAAAAAUGUAUACAUUUUUGACCAUAUAAAAUAUUAUGAAAGAGUAAGAAAGUGGAAAGAAAAAAGGUAUGGAUAUGAUUAUGAAAAGAAAAAAAAAACAAUGACCAGACAAAAAAAAGAAUUGCCACUUCAUAUAAAAAAUAAUAAUCAAAAAAAGGAAAACAAAGUGGUACAAAAAAAUGAUAUAAAUAAAAAUAUAACGAUUAAUAAAAAUUUUAUGGAUUCAAAUGAUAAAAUUGUGACAUGUGUAAAAGGUUACAACGAUGUUAUAAAAAAUGUAGAGCAAUACAAACAUGUUGAAAAGAAUAAUAAAAAUAAAAUAUAUCAUUAUAAUUAUAAUAUUAAAAAUGAACAUUUAACGAAUAAUUACACACCUAUUAUAGAACCAUCUAAUAGUAAUAAUAAUAAUAAUAAUAAUAAUAAUAAUUAUUAUAAUUAUUAUUAUAAUAUGGAAGGAGAACCUAUUGCAAAUAAUACAUAUAAAAAUUUGAAUCAUAUAGAUAUUUUAAAAUCUAGUGAAACCAUAUUAUUACAAGAUCAAAAUAAAAUAAACUUCUCAAAUAAAACAAUCAUAGAUAGUUUUCAAGAUAUAGAAUCGUUUCAAAAUUUAUAUUAUGAACACGAUGAAGAUAAAUAUAAUGAUAUGGAUAUCAUUCCUAUGUCGAAUGACACACAUAUACAUCAUUCUUUAAUGAUAAAUAAGUUAACGCAUUUUUAUAAUAAAUAUAAUUUUAUUUCAUUGAAAAAAAAAAUGAUUUUUGAUCCAUAUAAUUAUCAGAAUAAUAAAUACAAACGAUUUACGUUUCCAUAUUUUAAGUCUACAUCCAUAUAUAGAAAUGGAACCAUUAUAAAAAAAAAACACAAAAGUGAUGAACAUAUAAAUAAACAGAAAAAAGAAAAUAAUAAUGUAGAUUACAUUAAAAAUAAUUAUGAUAAAAAUCAUUCGUAUUUCAAAAAUAUUUUUGCUAAUGAUCAUAUGGACGAAAAUAAGAUCAAGAACUAUCAUAAAAAGAAAAAUAAUUUAUUAAAUAAACCUUUCAUUAAAACAAGUAUUUAUAAGGAAAGAAUAGAUAUAAAUAAAUUAGAAAGUAAUAUUUUUCGAAAUAAUUCUAUUGAAUAUGAAGAUAAUAUAAAUACUCCUACAUUACAAAUUUUAAAUGAAUAUAGUCCGAAGGAUCUUAAUAUGGAGCUUAUUAAUAAUCCAACCUAUAAAAAUAUAAAAUAUGUACAUCAUAAGAAAAAAAAAAAAAAUAAAUAUAAUAAUAUAUAUAAAAUGGAAUAUUUAAACAAAACAAAUGAUUCAUAUGGUUAUAACAAUAUAUACAAUUAUAAUAAGAAUGAUAAUUUAAUGGAGGAUGAAAAGAAUUACACUUAUGAAUGUGUUACCCCCACUUUUAUUACCUUGAGAAAUAAAAAUAUAAAAAAUAAAAUCACUCAUAAUAAUAAUAUCAAUAAUAAUCAUUUUAAUAAAAUAAAACGAAAUAUAUAUGCUAAUAAAAAAAAAAUGCCACAUUAUUUUAAAAAUUAUAAUUUUAUAGGAAAAAACGUAAAAUAUCUAUCUAAUAAUAAGAUAUUCAAAAAUGUUAACCUAGAUAUUCAUAAAUAUAAUAGAAAUAUAUAUGAUUAUAAAAAGUGCAAAAAUAAUCAAAAGGGAAGUAACAAAAUAAAAGGGUUGUCUAUAACCCCAUGUCUAUUACCAUUAAAAAAUAAGAAGAAAUAUAAUUUUUCAUAUAAUAUAUAUAAACAAGUAGAUUUACAAAAUAAAGUUUUAAAUAUAAACAAACAUAAAAAAUUAUUACAUGUUGAUGAAAAGGAUAUAACAAAAAAUUUUGAUAUUUUCUUAUGUCUUUUUAUGAAAUAUGAAAAAAAUGAAUCUCAACUUUUAUUAUUAAUACAUGAUGAAGGUUUAACAAGAUAUUCAUUUUUUUAUCAAACAUAUAUCAAACCAAUAUUAGAUAAUUAUAAAAAAUGUAAAUGGGAAAAAAUAAAAAAUUCAAAUAUAAAUGAACAAAAAAUAAAGGAAAGAAAAUAUUAUACAGAUUAUAAUAAUAUUACUGUGAACAAAAUAAUUCUUCAAAUUUUUAUUCCUUCAAUUAAAAAAAAUUAUCUUAAAUAUUUAAAUAUAUUAUAUUAUAAAAAUACAAAUACAUUGGAUAUCAAUACAUCUGAAGAAUUAUUAAAAGAAAUUAUAAAAAUCGAUAAACAAAUAAAUAAUACAAGAAGAAAAUCUCAUGAUAUUAAUACAAAAUAUGUAUCGGUUGCAUCUAACCAUGCUUAUGAAAAAAAAAUAAAAUUAAUACCAAAACCUCAAUGGGCCAAUAAAAAUAAUUUAAAUUUAUUAUUAAAAAAGCAAGAACACAUUAAUCCUUUUACAAUAUUUGGAACAAGUGUAAAAGAAGUAAACUUGGAAGAAAUAUUUACAUUAGAUGUAUACAAUAAUUAUAUAACUAAUGAUGAUAGAUAUAAAAAUAAAAUAUUAUAUGAAUUAUAUGUUGGUAAUUAUAUACAAAAUUUGUAUGAAAAAAUAACUUAUGAUGAAUGGAAUAAUGUUUUAGAUAUUCUUAAAAAACAUUGGAAUAAUUUUAUUACUCUAGAAUGUAAUAUGAUAUUAGAUCCUUUAUUAUUAGAAGAAAUUUUAUGGUAUAUUGAUAAUAAUAAAAUGUAUAAAGAUAAAAGUAAAGAUAUGUAUACUUAUGAAAAUUGUUUUUGUCCAACACCUGAUCCAAAAAAAGAAAUAAAUUUUAAUGAUUCUAAAAAUUUUUCAAAAUCUAUGUCUAAUAAAUAUACAUUUCAAAAAAUAAACAAAUUUAAGAAAUAUUCCUUAAAUGAAGAAUCUAUAUAUAAAGAUGAUCAUAUACUUUUAAAAUAUGAUGAUGUCUAUUCGAGGUGUACUCUAUCAUCUAAUCCGAAGAAAAAAAUCAAAAAAAAAAACACCACCACAAACAACAACAACAAUAAUAAUAAUAAUAAUAAUAAUAAUAAUAUUGGAGUGUAUGAUAUGAUAGAUAAUAAUUAUACUUAUAAUAUAAAUUGUAAUAAUUUUAAAAAUAAUAAAAACAUGUUGGAAAAACAAAAUAUGCUCAUGCAUAUACCUAGACCUUCAAGUGCAAUAUACUACGAUAUAAAUUUUUUCAAGAAUAAAGUAAAGAAAAAUAUAUUUACAAAAAAAUUCAAAUGUGAAAAUAUUUCAUAUUCAAAUAUGUUACAAUAUAAUAAUUAUUCAGUACUUCGUUCGAAAUCAAAAAAAUGGAUAUCUCAAAAUUAUUUUGACAAUUUUUUUUCUAAUUAUUAUCUCUACAAUUUUGGAACAAUUGAUGGAACAUAUAAUUAUACCAUAUAA